AUGGUCGCAUGCAGCCUCAUCGGAAACGGGUGUUAUGACCGGUUGUUCCUGCGUGUAUGCCUUGAUCUACUGCCUGAUGGAUUCAAUGACGAUGAAUAUGCGGCGUUUGAACGUGAUGACAGAAAAUUUCAGGUUAGCGGACACGUACCGUUAAUGUGUCCUGACGAGUUUCACUUGUGCAAACCUUUCUGCGAGAGAGAAGCAAAUUUCUACAAGAAAAUGCCAGUUGAACUGGCAGAGUUUACGCCAGCGUUUUGUGGCGAAGUUAAGGUAUUUUCGUUUUCUUUAUCAAUGGAUGUGAAAAUAUCGUCAUUUUACCAUCAACUUCAUUCGUUGGUGGAAGGCAGCAAUGCUUCUAAAAUUUGCAGCCAUUUUAUUGUUCUUGAAAAUAUAACUCGAUUUUUCCAAUACCCGUGUGUUCUGGAUCUUAAGAUGGGUACUCGGCAACAUGGCGACGGGGUGAAUGAAGUCAAAGUAAUGAAAUUCAUGGAAAAGUGUGAGCGUAGUACAUCUAAGAAGCACAAAUUUAGCUUUUUGCAGAAACAUUUUUUUUUUUUAUUUGCCCAGAUGCAAGAGGUGAUAAUAAACUUCUUCAGCGACCCUGGUGGAUGUUCUCUAAGGAGAAGUUUAUGUGUCCCCGUUAUAAAACGUUUAGAAGAAUUUAAAAAAGUUAGUUUUAAUCUUCAGUUGGGGAACAUCAUUUUUAUAGUAUUACCGAAGUACUAUUACACAAUUUUGCAGGCAUUAUCUUUAGUGGAUGGUUGUCGGUUGUUCAGUGCUUCACUGCUGAUUGUCUAUGAUGGGGACCCACAAAUCCUGGUAUGCCUUGUUGAUUUCGCUCAUGCCACUUGUAGAGGUCUGGUUGGAGAUGUUCAGUAUUCAGGGCCUGAUGAGGGAUUCUUGCUUGGUGUGGAUACUUUACUUCACAUUCUGAAGAAUGCUUGA